UAUUAUAUACGCUGAUUUGUAACAAAUAAUAUUAUUUGAUCAUGUGAAAGAAUGUCUGUACAGUUUAUACUUAUCUUUACAGUUUAGCUUGUUAGCUAAUAGGCGCAACAUACAUUGAAGGUUUUUUUGUGCUUGUCUUGUUCACUUUUCGCAAACUUAUUUGCCUUUGAAUGAAUUUUCAUGUUUUUAGUCGUGUUUAGCUUUUUCUGUUUUUAUUGUUCUGGGUUAUUAGGAAAGAACGCAGGUUGUCGUAGUCUGCUAUGGGCUCAUUUGACCAUUUACCUUUCACUAGUUAUCGGAAUUCAAACGUGGAGAACUUGCCCCCUCAAGUUUUGAGACUAGUCUACAAAGAGGUUUCUGCCUUGGCAGCAGAUCCUCCUGAAGGGAUCAAAAUCUUCCCUAGUGAGGAGGAUAUCACAGAGCUUCACACUGCUAUUGAGGGCCCAGAAGGAACUCCCUAAGCAGGAGGGGUAUUCCGAAUGCGGUUGGUCCUUGGGAAGGAUUUUCCUGCUGCACCUCCCAGAGGCUAUUUCCUCACUAAAAUUUUCCACCCUAAUGUUGGACACAAGGGUGAGAUCUGUGUCAAUGUACUGAAGAGGGACUGGAAAGCAGAACUGGGCCUGAGACAUGUAUUGUUGACCAUCAAGUGCCUUCUGAUUCAUCCUAAUCCAGAGUCAGCUCUCAAUGAGGAGGCGGGCAGGUUACUUUUGGAGGACUAUAAAGAGUAUGCAUCCCGGGCUCACCUUCUAACAGAAAUACAUGCUAUGGGAGGCACGUCAGGGGCUCCUCAGGAGCCAGCUGAUGGACCCCAACCCAAGAAACAUGCAGGAGAUCCAAACAAACGUGUAGCUGGGGCCGGUUUGGCAAUAAUGGCUGCUGGUGCCAACAACUCGAAUAACAGCAGCACCAGUGGCACAAGUAGUAGCAAUACUAAUAUAGUUGCAAAGAAGAAAACAGAUAAAAAGCGAGCGCUGAGGCGACUAUAAAAGAGUGGAUCUGUGUUUUUGUGUACAUAUUAUUAAUGUAUUAAUUAUUAGUGUGCAGACCACCGUUUCUUCCACCUCAAAUUGUCUUUGCAUUUUAGGAUAGCACAUUCAUUUUAUGAUCCUACAUAAUCGCUCCUUUCAUUUCUUUGUCUCUUUGAACUUACUCUCAGGACUUGAACUGUCCUUGUGACAAUUCUUUCUUUUUUCCACUCAUACACCGGGUUUUAUCUGUGUUUUCAAAUGUUACAGUUGUUCAGAUUAUGAAAACAGCAGUAAGGAUUUUUGAGAAAAAUCUAUUAGAAAAAUCUAUUAUGUAAUGCCCUUCAGUAAGAAUUUUGUCUUGUUUCCUGGUCUACAAGUUCAAGGAAACAUUGAUUGCUAUGGUCCUCCCAUUCUGGCGGCGAGUACUGUUAGCACAGGCUUUCUAUGAACAAGUUACCUUGCACAGCUUUGAUAUAUAUUUUAAUUUCUAGAAAGUCUGUUUUUAGAAUUCUGUCCAAUUUCAGUUAAAGGUAUAGCUCACCUAAAAAUGAAAGUUGCAAUUUAUUUGUUUGACAUUACUCUUGUUCUGAACCUGAAUGUCUGUUUAUUUUCUGUGCGACACAACAGAUAUUAGACAGAAUGUUAGUGACGAUUCGCUUAUAUGGCAUAAAAGUAAAGAGACAACAUCUAUUCAUUUCUCCUGUGUUCUGCAGAACAAGGUAGGUCAUACCGUUUUGAAAUCACAUGAUGGUGAGUAAAUUGACAAAAUGUUACUUUUUAGGUGAGCUGUGCCUUAAAGCUAAAAUGUAAGGGUUGAAUGUUGUUCUUCAGGGUAUUGAUAAGUAAUAUUAAGCAAAGGAUAUGAUUGUUGUCUGUGUGUGUGAUGUAAGAGAUGCAAAAUUAUGGUAAACGGGGGUUGAAAUGUGGUCUGAAUAUAACUUAUGAGAUGUCUGUUUUUUUACAAGUUUCAAGCAUUUCUUUGUGUGUGUGUUUGCUAUUGUUUCCAGAUUUUGUUCAGUUCUUUUUCUUGUAUAGUCAACUUUUCAAAAAGUGUUUAUUUUAAGUGAACAGCUACGUUUUAUCUGACACUUUGGGGUUUGAGUUGAAGUCAUUACAAUAUUGGACCAGUUGGAAGAGAGCAAAGGGCAACUCUUUAAUCAUAAGAUUAACUGCCACUUCUAUCUUAUCAUUCAAGUAUGUCACAUGCUCUUUGUCUAGGUUCUGUUUAAAAGUCUUUGAAACGGAAAAGUAAUUUUGCUGUUUGAAUGCUGAAUAUUUUAUGACCACAGCUGCACUUUUCUCUAGUCCUACUGGUCUCUCAAUCAAAAGGCUCUUAAGAAAAUCUGGGGCCUUUAUUUCCCAAAGAUCCUGUCUAACUAAAUGCUAUGAAUGUUGGGCAGGAUGUGCUUGCAGAAUGAGAUUUGCCCAUCUGUUCAAUCUUGUGGAUGAACAAUAGGGCAUUUUGUGGCCAUAUAAGUUAUUUAAAUUAAUGAAAAUAAAGGAAUUUUAGAGAAAUAUGACCUUUUAAUGUGUUGAAAGUUUUGUGUGAAUGCAAACAUUUUAAACAGUUUUAUUGUUUACUUGUUGAUAUCUAUAGUCA